CGGAAGCGACCGGGGCAUGACGAAGGCAAAAAGUACCCAGUAGAAAUAGCGGCCUCUAUAGGAGCGGUUACUUGGCGGCUUAAAAAUACGCACGUGAAGUGAUGCAAUUUUAAACUUUGCAAGGAGUAAAGCGAAAGUUUUUCUUAUUUUAUAGGUUAUUUCCUAUCCCAGUGAUGCUGAGAUCUGCCAUAGUAGCCGUUAGAAGUGCUGUUUUACAGCCAGAGAAUUUCAGACCACUGAAUUAUGCCCAAAUCUCCCGAUUAUUUGGGACUCGAUUGAGGCUGUGCUCUGCUCAGUCAAGUCCUGACACAAAAUCGAAUUCAUCUAAAGACGACAGAAAUUCAUCACAAGACGACGCGACUGUAGAUCAGGAAACGUCUGAGGCUGAAAAGAAAGCAGCAGAAUCUGGAGAGCAAGAAAAGGGAAGUGAACACGAUCGUCUAUUGAAAGAAAAGGAAAGUUUAAUAAAAGAUCUUCAGGACAAGUAUAAACGCUCCUUGGCUGAUAAUGAGAAUAUUCUCUCCCGCAGCAGGAAACAAGUAGAAGAAGCUAGGUUGUUUGGAAUUCAGACCUUCUCAAAAGACCUGCUUGAAGUUGCAGACAUUUUAGGAAAAGCAACGGAAAGUGUUCCAAAGGAAGAGAUUGAAAAGAAUGAUUCAUUGAAGAACUUGUAUGAUGGGCUUUUAAUGACUGAAGCUCAAUUACAAAAAGUUUUCCAAAAAAAUGGUCUUGAAAAAAUCAUCCCAUUGGAUGAAAAAUUUGAUCCCUACAGUCAUGAAGCAUUGUUCCAGAUUCCACUUCCCGAUAAAGAGAAAGGCACUGUUGCUAUUGUAGAAAAGGUUGGAUAUAAACUGCAUGGAAGGACACUGAGACCGGCACUUGUGGGUGUUGUGAAAGAAUAGAGCAUUAGAUGUUAUUUGCUAGUUACAAAUGACCUUCUGGAAUUUGAUCUUGCUUAUACUGCUACAGAGAAAAAUAAAAUAUUGCUGGCAUCCCUAUAGGAACUCUUGCAUGUCCAGUCAAAAAAUGGAUUAUUAUUGUUAUAUCAGGCUCAUAUACUAUUGUAACAGUCAUCCCCAUUUCUUUUUAUUUCCUUUUGUCACAAGUUUCUGCGCAGGAAAAUGUUACAGCUGCACAGAUUUGGAGAGGUUCUGCAACCAGCCAUGUAACAUUGGCUUUGCAGUUUAGAAUUCUAUUUGGUGGCAGAGACCUCUUGUUAAGAUUGAGGAUGCCUCCAGGAAGAGGGCCGCAAAAACGUUUUUGGGCUGUCUUGUUGACGUGUUUGUUAGCCAUUCUAUUGCUAACCUGUAAUACAGGAAAGAAUACAUGGAGUUUGACAGUUUCUCUGCACUGACUGCAAAGAAAAUCCAUGUGGUUUUAAUUAAGUGUGUACAACCCUUUGCACUUGUAAAUAUACUCCAAAUGAAAGAGGGCACAUGUUGGUCAUGGAAGUCCUCAACCAUAGAAAAGCCUGCAGCACUUCAGUCUCUGAACUGUUUUCCCAUAAUUUGCUUUUCUUAACUCCUUCUUAAAAUUUGAGGUUUGGUUUACAGGCUAAUUAAGAAUACAUGUAUGUAUGGGGGACCGUUUGCUUAAACAAUGUAAACAAGGAUAAUUUAUUUUAAUUUGCAUGUGUUUUAUAACAAUAAGCAUAUAACAAUGAAUGUUCAAAUAUGUAUUAACUGAUAUUUGCAUAAUUGUUCCAAUAUCAGCAUAUUGUACAGAGGUACCUAUUAUGUAUAAUAAUUUACACAUAUAUAUUAUGUAUAAAUGUUUUUAUGGUGAUAACUUCAUUGUCUAUGGAAUUAUAUUCAUGUGAGAGGGCCAUUGUAAUGUCACAUUCUCGUUUUCUUGAUUGAGGAUCACAAUAUUGUCACUGUUUUUUUAACGGACGUUUUGCUGUAAAAUGAAAUACCUGUGUUUCAGUUUGUAUCUUAUGCAAUUCAAAUCCAUCUUUGAGAGGUGUAUUUGUUACAUAUAUAUACUUUUUUAAUGAAAAGAAUACCUCUCAAACAACAAUUAUUAUUUUAGAUUUAUAGAAUCCAGACAGCCUUAAUCAAAUUAACAUUUAAUUUAAUUUGAUUAAUUAAUUUAACAUUGCAUUUCAGUGUACCAAGAUGGCACAUGACCAACAAGUCUACUUUAAUGUACAUGUCACAGCACUUAUAAAUAAUGCAUACCUGUAACACCAGUGACGCCCCCUGCUGAUGUAACACAUUUGUACACAUAUCACACACACACACAUACUUUAUUUCAAUUCAAUUUAAGAAUUAACACAAAUGUAAAACUGAUCCGCUGGUAGCAUUGGGCUAAUAUAGGCGGAUUAAAUAUUAUCAGAUUACUUAAAUAACACAAUACAUGACAAACAGCUAGGACCAACUAGGGAGACAAAGAAAAUAGGAAAAUGAUAAUUCAUGGGUUGAACUGAGAACUUAGAAUCUUUGCAAAGUUGACAUUACUUUCCUACAUACAGUUUUCCCAGCUGCGUCUUUGCACAUCAGAUCAGUUAAAGCCUGGUUCUCAUAUCCCGCCGACCUAUCUGCGACGUAGUCGACGGUUGCAACUGACAACGUUCGGCGAUCUGUCCCAGUAGGUCCCCAGCGCAUCUGUGAUGGAUCGCCGACGUACUCAAAUUUGCGCGAAAUGCAAAUCGAA